UCCUCUGCUCUCUCUCAUGCUAUCCACUCACCUUCUUCCUCUUCUUAUUCUUCCUCUUCCUCCCAAAAUGGUCGCUCUGGUUUCCCAAGACAAUGUCGUCACAUUGGUUUCUCGCACCGGCCGCCAAUUGCAGCGUUACAGGAAAGGUCGCCGCCAAGUCGUCGGGUGUAUACCAUACAGAUACAAGAUGGAGGAGUCAGAAGAAUUAGAGGUUCUGGUUAUCAGUUCUCAGAAGGGCAAAGGGAUGCUUUUUCCAAAGGGAGGCUGGGAAUUAGACGAAUCAAAAAAGGAGGCCGCUGUGAGAGAAACCAUAGAAGAAGCAGGAGUGCGAGGCAUUGUUGGGGGUGGACUGGGUAAGUGGAGCUUCAAGAGCAAAACCCAUGACACCUUAUAUGAAGGUUACAUGUUCCCUCUCCUUGUUCAAGAACAGCUUGAACUCUGGCCUGAGCAGAACUAUCGUCAACGAAUCUGGAUGAGUGUUGAUGAAGCAAGAGAAGUAUGUCAACACUGUUGGAUGAAGGAAGCUUUGGACAGACUAGUGAAUCGUCUCAGGACUAAGAAGCUUGGACGAGAGAAGCAAGAAGGCUGUUUGAAGAGCAAUAAUGGAGAUGGUGGAAAGUCUGACUUGGUAAAUAGGUUGUGACUAUUUGGUAGAGAGAUUAGAGAGCUUCAGUACUAUUGGUUUUCUCUCGGAUCUUAUCAGCUCUGAUGAUCAGGAAGAGUUAGGAGGAGGAUGAAAAAUUGAAAUUGAAAAUGAAAACCCAGGAUUCUACAAUUGUACUGCAAGAUGGUAGAAGAUAUAAUGAUAGUAAAUAAUUUUCUAGAUCAGAUCAUCAGAUGACUCUUUUAAGUUUUCUUUUUUCUUUGUUUUGGUUUCGAUGGAAUCUUAAGUGUUGGGGAGGGUGAUUCGGAUUCUUGCAAAAAAAUUGUAAUCAAACAAUACCCUAUCAUUUCUCAGGAACAGAGUUUCAGAUGGGCAUAAUUUAAAGGGGAGAAAAAACAAAAACUUUGCUGCGAUUUUCCGCAUGAUUUGAAAA